CUUGGGCGGACUCCUGUUGAGCUCGGCGCCCCAUCUUGGCCCCCUGUAAGGAGAGAUGAGGGGUGCUGCUGACUCAAACGUCUUUGAGCCACUAUGAGGAAGACAAUUCUGCCAAGGGCAAGGCAAGGAUUUUGAUUUGGGGACCCAGCCAUGGUCCUUCUGCUCCUUCUUUAAAAUUACCCACUUUUCUCCCCAUCACCAAGCGGCGUUUGGCAAUAUCAGAUAUCUGCUCUAUUUAUUUUUACCUAAGGAAAAACUCCAGCUCCCUUCCCACUCCCAGCUGCCUUGCCACCCCUCCCAGCCCUCUGCUUUGCCCUCCACCUGGCCUGCUAGAAGUCAGAGCCCAGCAGAACCUGUUUAGACACAUGGAGAAGAAACCCAGAGCUUCACGGCACACAGUCGGCUUCUUCGCGCUCAGGGUUGCCAGCGCUUCCUGGAAGUCCUGAAGCUCUCGCAGUGCAGUGAGUUCAUGCACCUUCUUGCCAAGCCUCAGUCUUCGGGAUCUAGGGAGGCCGCCUGGUUUGCCUCCCUCCUUCUGCACGACUGCCGGGGUCUCCUCCUGCCAGGCCUUGCGGCCUUCCUCCCCGGCCCCCGCCUGAAGAUGCACUUGCAGAGGGCUCUGGUGGUCCUGGCCCUGCUGAACUUUGCCACGGUCAGCCUCUCCAUGUCCACUUGCACCACCUUGGACUUCAACCACAUCAAGAGGAAGCGGGUGGAAGCCAUUAGGGGACAGAUCUUGAGCAAACUCAGGCUCACCAGUCCCCCCGAUCCAUCCGGGUUGGCCAGUAUCCCCAUCCAGGUCCUGGAUCUUUACAACAGCACCCGAGAGCUGCUGGAGGAGGUGCAUGGGGAGAGGGGAGACGUCUGCACGCAGGCAAACACCGAGUCGGAGUAUUAUGCCAAAGAAAUCUAUAAAUUCGACAUGAUCCAGGGGCUGGAGGAGCACAAUGAUCUGACCGUCUGCCCCAAAGGCAUCACCUCCAAGAUUUUCCGCUUCAACGUGUCCUCAGUGGAGAAAAAUGAAACCAACCUGUUCCGAGCAGAAUUCCGGGUCUUUCGGAUGCCCAACCCCGCCUCCAAGCGCAGCGAGCAGAGGAUUGAACUCUUCCAGAUCCUCCAGCCGGGUGAGCACAUAGCCAAGCAGCGGUAUAUCGAUGGCAAGAACCUGCCCACGCGGGGCACUGGCGAGUGGCUUUCUUUCGACGUCACAGACACUGUGCGUGAAUGGCUCUUGCGGAGAGAAUCUAACUUAGGUCUGGAAAUCAGUAUCCACUGUCCAUGUCACACCUUUCAGCCCAAUGGGGAUAUCCUGGAAAACAUUCAAGAGCUGAUGGAAAUCAAAUUCAAAGGUGUGGACAGUGAUGAUGAUCCGGGCCGUGGAGAUCUGGGGCGACUUAAGAAGAAGAAGGAACACAUCCCUCAUCUAAUUCUCAUGAUGAUUCCCCCAAACCGGCUAGAUAGCCCAGGCCACAGUCAGAGGAAGAAGCGGGCCCUGGACACCAAUUACUGCUUCCGCAAUUUGGAGGAGAACUGCUGUGUGCGCCCUCUCUAUAUUGACUUCCGACAGGAUCUGGGCUGGAAAUGGGUCCAUGAACCUAAGGGCUACUAUGCCAACUUCUGCUCAGGCCCAUGCCCAUACCUCCGCAGCUCAGACACAACCCACAGCACGGUGCUGGGCCUGUACAACACCCUGAACCCUGAAGCCUCAGCCUCCCCUUGCUGCGUACCCCAGGACUUGGAGCCCCUGACCAUCCUGUACUAUGUCGGGAGGACCCCCAAAGUGGAGCAGCUGUCUAACAUGGUGGUGAAGUCCUGCAAGUGCAGCUGAGGCCUGACCACCACAGGGAGAGAGGAGGGAUUACCACUGCCUGCCUGCCUGCCCCUCGGGAAACACAGCAGCGACGGACCUCACCGCGAGGCCUGGGGCCCGCGACCUCCGGCUCCAGGCAGAUGAUGGCUGAGACGGGGGUUCCCCUUCUGGAACAUUUCUUUUUCUUGCUGGCUCUGAGAAUCACUGUAGUAAAGCAAGUGUGGGUUUGGUUAGGGGAAGGUCGAUUUCUUCAGGAGACAUGGAUUUUCCGUGUCAGAGGUGGUGGGGAUGGAGGAAGAGGGGUGGUUGAGUCGACGCAUUGCAGGGUUCACGGGAUUCGGGACACCCUACGGGGCAAGGUGGGGCAGAGAACGGCCUGGACAGGGCCAGACUGGAAGACCCUUGGCGCUGAGGUCAGAUUGCUCAUCCAUCGCUGCCCCAUAUCUGCUCGAGGGGCAUCCGGAUCACGUCAUACCAGGCAAGCAUCUUUCUUUAGGCAGGUUCCCAAGACAAAAGUCCCAGAAUUGUAUCUCAUACUUACCUGGGAUUAAGGACAAGUCUGUUAGUUUUGCAAAUUGUCCCCUGGACGUCAAUCAGUAUCGAGGGUCGUUCCGGGAGAAGAUCCAGGUAACGCAGGUCCCGGGGGUCAUCAACUAUAUUGGGCCCAAUGGAUGUACAGAACUCCGAGGUAGAGGGUGGGAACUGACCCUCUCUGGUCUGCUCCUUGGGUUCCUCCUCUCGCCUUCUUCCUUGAUUGUUAUUUCUCCUUGGACAUUUGGCUAGACACCUUCCAGGUCAGGGCGCACAUGACUGGAGUUUGGGUCUCUGCAGCCUUGGGGCAUCAUGGGUUUCCCCUCCUGACCCCCACGCCCCCACCCCGAGACCCUGUGUUCAUCUGGUGUUCCUGGAAGCAGGUGCUACAACGUGAGAGGCAUGCAGGGAAGUCGCACACGUGCCACACAAUGACUUGGCCCCAGACGCAUAGACUGAGGUAUAAAGACAAAUACAAAUAUUACUCUCAAAAUCUUUGUAUAAAUUUUUGGGGAAUCUUGGAUCGUUUCAUCUUCUGGAAGAUUGUUUCUAAACAAUAAAAGCCUUAUUCUAAGGUGUAA